AUGGCCGAUCCCAUAUUCCACCUUACCACCCCCCACCUCUUUAUAGGCUACUUCGACGCCAAUAAUCCCAUCCACUGCACCUUCCUCGUCACUCUCUACAACACCCCCGAAUUCAUUGCCGCUGAAGGCAAGACCGCUAUCAUCUCUCCCGAGGCUGCACGCGAAAGAAUCGCCACCCGCUUCGUCGAGGAACAUGCCCGCAACGGCUAUGGUCAAUUCCUCGUAUACCUGAGAAGUGACUCAGACCCCUCAUUCUCGGCUGCGAUACCCAUUGGCUCCGUGUGCUUGACGAAGGGCAACAAUCCGGAUUCGUUUGAUUUGCCAGAUGUGGGAUUCGCGCUUGUCUCUGAGGUGCAUGGGAGGGGUUAUGCGACGGAAGCUGCGCGUGCGCUGUUGGAGUAUGUCAAGAAGGAGCAAGGACUAGAGAACUAUUUUGGAUUUACGAGUUCGGGAAAUGCGGCUAGUAUGAGGGUAAUGAAGAAGUUGGGCAUGGUAGAUUUAGGAGUUCAGCCAUUUCAAGGAGAGGAGACGCAUGUGUUUGCAUCGCCAGGCAUUGAGGAUCUGGAGAAGUAUGGGUUUAAGAAGUAA